CCGCCAAAAUAAUGUUACCGCAAAUAUGAACCGAACAAAUCGUAAAAUGAUUAAUGAUCUUAAAAAAAAGGCAUUUUCUCUUGAACAGGAAUAUCUUUUUCUAUCCUUAGAAAUAGAUUCUCUUAAAAGAGAGAAUUCUAUACUUCGGUCUCUUCAGCAAGCUCUAUCUUCUCCAACUGGUACUUCUUCAGUUCUGGAUUAA